AUGGGCGAGGUAGAAGCUGAGGGGUCGAGGGACAUGGUUAGGUUCCCCGAGGGGAAGGGCUGGCCUCGCGUGAGGGCAAGAGAGGGUGCAGGGGUAUACCCGAAGGCAGGGACUGAGGUCUGUACAAGGACAGAAGAGAGGGCAGCGACGAAGGUCUGUACGAGGACAGAGGCAAAGGUCCGCACGAGGGCGGAGAUAACGGUGGUCGGCGGGUUAACCGAGGAGGAUGCGGCGAGGGGUAGGGAGGCGGCGAAGAUCAUAACAGCGGAUGCACGGGGCAGGAGGGACAGCAGACGUAACUUGGGUUGA